AUGGCUGUGGAUAUCGGCGAAAGUGAUGCUACAUGGAACAGCUUUAUACAGUCGCUUGAUGUGGGACCAGAAAAGGCCCAGGGGAUCAAUCAGCUGCCAGAGGAUCAGAAGCGACAACUUCUCCAGUCUUAUACUUUGAGUUCAUCCAAAUGCUCAGCCUUUCAUUCCGUGACACUGAUAAAAGGCCUGCGAAGUGGCCGCAUUUCUCUGUCAAAGUCCCGUAAGGGCAUCGUCCAGACUGCAAAGCGCGUCCUCUCCGAAACCGAGAUUUCCCUUCGGACAAACAAUGUCUCUUGGGUAUACGAAUUUCUUGACAGUGGAGGUCUUGAUGCACUGCAGGAAUAUUUGUCCAAAUCCAUCCACGUCCUCUUAAGGGAUGAGAAUACGCUUCCUCCUACAACCUGUCGCCGGCGAAACUGCUCUCAUGGUCUCGUCUAUUCGGCGGACAAUUCUCCGCCCUACUUUAGCGAUGGCAACGAAAGCGUUUCACGGCAUUUCCUCUGCCAGGGCCGAAAACGUCACGGCCGGUCCAUGGCAAGGAAGCAAGUGCCUGCCGGUUUCGCCGACUCCGUCUUGGACGGUAUUCAUCAGGGCAUGAAAUGCUAUCGUGCUCUCCUCAAUAAUCAGAGGGGUUGUACGAUGACUUUCGAGCAUCCGGAAUCUAUCGAGACAAUUGCACUCUGCAUCUUUCAUCCCAACUUUCAGUGA